AUGAGCGACACGGAAGCGAAGCAGCGAGCCAAGCGCGAGCGCUUGGAAGCCUGGCGCAGGGAACAGGCGGCCAAGAAGAAGGUUAAUGUAGAUGGUGAAACGCCGGCCAAAAAAGCGAAGGUUGAGCCUGAAAAAACGAAACUGGGCCUGAAGGGGGUGAACUUGGUACGCGCGGCCCCCACGGCCCCUCGAGUUCGUCUAGGUCUUUUGGACGACGACGACGAACCUGUAUCUAAGCCCAAGAAACAAAUAACCUUGAACAUGGAGACAUCUACGCCCAAGCCACAGGAGUCUGCGCCACAGGAAGACUCCUUGGAUGCCUUUAUGAGCCGCCUCGCAGACGAGGUUCACAAGGAGGAUGCAUCUCAAUCUCAGGCGGCCGAGCUUCUGGGCCCAGAUGAUGACGCAGGACCGCGAGAUGAAGAGGAGGAGGAGGAAGAAGACAAGAUCGAUUCAAUCCGCACCGAAGAUAUCUUGGCGAUGGUACAUCGCAAGAACAAUCGAAAGACGCUUCCGACGGUGGACCAUGCAUCAAUUGAGUAUGAGCCAUUCCGUAAAUCAUUUUACCAUCCUCCGGAAGAACUAGCGAAGAUGACAGACGAGGACGCGGAGCGUGUGCGCAUGGAGCUCGGUGCUAUAUCCGUGCGUGGCAAGUCGUGCCCAGUCCCCGUCACAAAAUGGUCGCACUGCGGUAUGCCCGUGGCAUGUUUAGAUGUGAUCAAGAAGCUAGGCUUCUCUGCACCUACGCCGAUCCAAAGUCAGGCGCUCCCCGCCAUUAUGAGUGGCCGCGACAUGAUCGGCGUGGCGAAGACAGGAUCCGGAAAGACGCUAGCCUUUCUUUUGCCAUUGUUUCGGCAUGUCCGCGACCAACGGCCUCUGGAGCCUGGUGAAGGUCCUAUUGCGCUCGUCAUGACGCCUACACGGGAGCUAGCUGUUCAAAUAUUCCGCGACGCCCAGCCGUUUCUGCGGGCGUUUGGCAUUCGAGGGGUGUGUGUAUAUGGCGGAGCACCCAUCGCGGAGCAAAUUGCGGAGUUGAAACGCACUGCAGAGCUGGUGGUCGCGACACCGGGGCGUAUGAUUGACCUGCUGGCUGCCAACAGUGGCCGCGUCACUAACUUGCAGCGCACCACGUACCUAGUCCUGGAUGAAGCGGACCGCAUGUUCGACUUGGGUUUUGAGCCACAGGUCAUGAAGAUCCUCGCACUAGUGCGACCAGAUCGACAAACUGUACUAUUUUCGGCGACAUUUCCGCGUGCGAUGGAGGGCCUUGCACGCAAAAUGCUGCGCCACGAGCCACUGGAAGUCACAGUGGGCGGUCGGAGUGUGGUACCUCCCGAGAUCACGCAGCAGGUGGAAGUGCGCCCCGAGUCGACCAAGUUCCAUCGUCUGCUGGAGGUGCUCGGGCAUCUGUACCACACAGACGAAGAUGCUCGUGCGCUGGUCUUUGUCGAGCGGCAAGACUCGGCUGACGAGCUGAUGCACGAGCUGAUGAAGCGCGGAUACCCAGCCAUGUCGCUACACGGCGGCAAAGACCAGGCGGACCGUGACACAACUAUUGCGGACUUCAAGGCGGGUAUUGUUCCAAUUCUGACGGCCACGUCCGUCGCUGCGCGCGGUCUGGAUGUCAAGCAGCUCAAGCUCGUCAUAAACUACGAUGUUCCAAGUCAUUUAGAGGACUACGUGCACCGCGCGGGGCGCACGGGGCGCGCCGGCCAUCGUGGCACGUGUGUGACCUUUAUUACACCCGAGCAAGAGCGGUAUGCCAAAGACUUGGUGGCAGCGUUACGGGCCAGUAAGGUGGAAGUGCCACCGGAUCUCGAGAAAAUGGUCUCACAGUUCAAGGAUAAGAUUGCCAAAGGCACAGAAAAGGCGACUAACUCUGGAUUUGGCGGUCGCGGUUUGGAGCGCCUGGAAAUGGGCCGGCAGAAAUUGCUGCAGGCGGAGGCCUCGAUUUACAUCGAGGACGAGGAGGCGGAUCCCGAGGCGGUCGCUGCGCGCGCGGCGAAUGAGACGCAGCGGCUCAGCGAUGCCGAUAUUCCCAUCUGCACCGGGCCUGUUCCCGAGGCGGUCCGGGAGAACAAGCAACCUGUCUACACAGAUGCAGACCAACUUGCGAACCAGGCCCGGCUUGACGCGGCACGUGCGGCGGGCGCGGACACGACCAAGCUGCAGGAGGUCAUUGCCCGGAUCAACGCCGUGGCGAACCAGCGUCGCGAGGAAUGGGAAAAGUCGCGCCGCGCACGCGAUCCUGACGCGACCAAGUUCCAUGCCAUUUUCCCCAUCAACGAUUUCCCCCAAAAGGCACGCUGGAACGUGACCAACAAGGAGACGAUGGCGAUGCUCAUCGAAUCGACAGGUGCAUCGAUCACCAACAAGGGUGCUUUCUACGAGCGAGGUCGCGAGCCGCACCCUGGCGAACCACCGAAACUGUCGCUCCUUAUCGAGAGCAACGAUAGUUUCCGUGUCGAGAAUGCCAUCCGCGAAAUCAAGCGACUACUGCUGGAGGGCACACAGGCCUACCUUGACACUGAGGCACGGACACCGCCCACAGGCGGCCGAUACUCUGUCGUGUAG